AUGAACAUUAUCAAACAACAUCGAACAUCUGCGCAGAACAAGUUGAUUGAGGAUUUUAUUAACAAAAGAGCUUCCAUGAUACAAAAUAACCAAACCAAGAUGCUUAACAGUUUAUUAAAUAGACAUAAAGACAAGAUUGUCGUGGACAGACUGAUUCAAGACAACACAACAGACAACUCGAUCAAGUUGAUCACUGAACCUGAGGAAAUUUUAGAAAAAUGCAUUAAACACUACCCGGACCUACAAAAAAAGAGACUACACAAAUUUGAUACAAUCUCAGAAGAGUGGAGUGACAUAUAUGAGCUGAUUGGAUCUAUUAACGAUGAUAUUUAUAAAGAUAUAAUGGAACAACCUACAGUCGAUGAAUGGUUUGCUACCUUAAAGGAAUGUAAUGACUCAUCAGCACCAGGUUUAUCAAAUAUAGGGUACAAACUUAUUAAAAAAGCUGGCGACAAGGCACAAGACUGUUUUAGACGUUUAGCUGAGAUUACAUACCAAAAUGCCAUUUUUCCAGAGGAAUGGACAACAUCACAAAUUUUUCCAAUCCCGAAACUGAAGGAAUGGAAAUAUUGGCUCAAUAACACGCGCCCCAUUUUAUUAAUAGAAUGUUUAAGGAAACUUACAGUUAAAAUUAUCACAAAAAGACUGAGUGCGUGCUUGCUACAACACGACGUCCUCAAAGGACCAAAUUUCGCAGGCCUCUCAGGAGGUUCCACAAACACUCCAAUUCAUGUGAUCAAUAACAUUAUUGAAGACGUACACGCUUCAAAGAAAGAAUUGUGGAUUUGCCUACAUGGAUAUGGCGAAGGCUUUCAAUUCUGUUGGAAUGAUCCCGUUAGAAAUGACAAGAACCUUGGUUAUAAACUCAAUACGAAUUGGCCUACCAUAGAUUUUCACAAUGUUAUUGCAUCUGAAACUACACUUAAGGCUUCUUGUAUAGCAUAUGCAGACGAUACUGCAUGGAUUGCUUCUAAUAAAGAUGAGAUAACGAAGAUCAUCAGCAUAUCGAACUCGUUCUUCGAACUUAAUGAUAUUACGAUCAACAGAGAAAAGUCUGAACUCCUGGUUUGGAACACACCCAAAGGCACUACAAAUGAAAUUAAUAUGGGAACCGAAUUGACAUUGAUAAAAGCCAACCCUCCCUUAAAAGACGCUAGAUAUCUGGGCAUUUAUAUCAGAAGUAGAGCAGGCCAGAGUCAUGUAAUUAAAAGAGCGCAACAAGAAAUUACUUCAAUAACUAACGCACUUAGAUACAAGAAGGUCACAGCAAGCCAAAUAGCAUAUGUCAAUAAUGUAGUUUUAAUGGCAAGACUCGAAUACAGACUGAAAACUACUUUGGUCAGUGAAAAUCAAUGCCAAACAAUUCAUAAUCGUAUGAUUACUCUACUUAAGACAAAAAUGAGAAUCAUAAGGUCCACGAAUAAUAAUAUUUUCAUGCACCAAAAUAUUGUUGGAUUGGUGCCAUUAUCUCAGCAUUUACAUACAGCACAAUAUUCAGAAUUUAUUAUUAGAAUUAAUUCACAAGAUUGGGAUGGAAUAAGCACGAGAAUCAUGCUCAGGAAUGCACAGCUUCGCAUAGGAGUACAAGGAUGCAUAUUGGUUGACCACACAGAGCUGAUUCUAAAAAUCAAUUUACAAAAUAACUUUAACUUUAAUUUAUUGAAAUCAUUUAAGGAUCAAAUGUUUAGCUUCAGGCCAACAGAUCUUACCGCAUGGAAUUUAACCACGCAACAUCAACACACUAUUAUUUCAAUCUUGCAUACAUCUGUUGAUGUGGGGCAUACGAAUUUCAGGAAACUAGAACAAUCAAGGAUAAAGGCCAUUGAAUCUUUUAUCAAACGACCUGCGGAAUUACUCGAUAUUAACUUUCUAGAUCACAUUACACACAACAAUGGUGUAGAUAUGUUAUUCUGGACUCAGAUCAAAAAGAUUUUUGGUAAAAAUCCCAAAGGGCCAAUCCCAAAUUUUUUUAAAUACUUGGAAGAAAUAGCUAUCAAUCAGAAUUCGAACGGACAACGUACAUUAAUAGAACAGUACCAAGCUACGAAUAUCCCGACUAAUAAGAUAGUUUCACUUACACCUUCUCCUCCUUCAAGAGACGGAAGGCGUAAAGAAUGGAUCAUUACACGCGAUAGAGAUGAGUACCAAUUCGGAAAAAUUUUAAAGAAAAAUCUCACACGAUUCUCAUAUCAACAUUGGAUCAGACAAGACAACAAUAAUUUGAUUACCCAAUGCGCUGGAUGCUCAACCAACUCGACUCAUAUAGAGGAUGAUCCUGUGUGCGUAAAGAAGGAAAAAUAUCACAAAUCAACAAUUAUUGACGUAAAACGUUCAACUAAUAAUUACCAGGACACUUCUACUUUUGAAAUUUUGACACCUGUUGAUUUGAUCAGGACGAGAAUAAUUACAAAACCUUCGUUAACUAUCUCAUCAACAUUACUAAUCACAGAGCUCUCAGAUAUCCUCGGAUGCCUCGAACAAAUUGACAAUCAAGAGUUUCACUUUUUUACCGAUGGUUCAAUGGAUUUGAAUUGUAUAAACAAUGAAGAUGUCAUUGUAAUGGGAGCAGGCUGGAUUUUAAAAAAUACAGAUAUUAGCUUCUCAUGUGGAAUAAGAUUCCACCCCUCAUCAACCAAACCUGAAUUGCUUGCCAUACUGACAGCUUUACUAGUAACCCCAAGUGAAUCACGAAUAAACAUUCAUACGGAUAGUCAGGCAGCGAUCGAUGGUAUCAACACAAUUAACAAUAUGGUAUCGAGACAUGGCUGCAAAUUUCUUAAACUUAAUAAUUAUAUCAUUCUUUUUGCCAUUUAUGAUAUUAUCACGUCUAAGAGAUUGGACAUUGAAAUACAUAAGGUCAAAGGUCAUUCAGGUUGUCAUUGGAACGAUAUGGCUGACGCGAUAGCAAAAAUAGGUAGAGAAACGGUGGUUGUCAAUUCUAAUAGAUUAGUUGACUUACAAUUUAUAUGCAGUUAUAGUUUUCCUUUAUUAUUUCUGCCAGUUUGGCAUAGUAUAGAGAUAGAUAGACGUGUUCGACAAUUUUGUAGAAUAGUUUCAGAAUCAUUGGAAGAGGUCACAUGGUUUUUGAAUAAAUGGAAUUGGACCGCACGCUGGCACUAUCUUAAUAACAUUAACAAGAGCCGUUGUGAUAAUCUUGAUACUAACAAUACCCUAAUUAAUUUCAUAAAGUCUUCAAAUAACUUAUUACCUACAGUUGACAAUCUCAGAAAACGUAAUGACAUUUAUGAUGAUGUACCGUACCCAGCUUGCCGUGAUCAUGAAGAGACUUUGAACCAUUUAGUAAUAUGUGCUGGAUUGGAACAAGCGUUCCUCACUGCUGAAAAAGAAACGAUAGAUAAGAUUCGGAAAUAUCUCAAACGUUUCAAGUGCAAAAAAUCUGUCACAAUCAAUGAACUCUACAUCAGCAUAAUUGAAUAUAGAGACCCAGCUUUCCCUGAACUGAAACAAAGGAACAGACAGGAAUUACUACGUGGUUUAAUUUCACACACAAUUGUAAAGAAGCUUAGAAAACUCACAUCAAAAAGAAUUGCUUCACGCCUGUCUCUAAAGAUCAUUAAAUACUUUUAUGAAGCUUUUAGAGAAUAUGUUUGGAAAUCGCGAUGUAAAAUGAUGAAUGAACUAGAAGAAUCAUUGCAUAUUACACCUCAAGACAAGUGUAAGACCUCAAGGACACAUAAGGAGGACGUAGAAACUCAACGCGAUCACUAUCGACAUACUCUAACUGCAUUUCGUGAACAAAAGGUAUCAAAAUAUAAUGAAAGCUUGCGUCAAUGCAAAGAUCAUCUAUACCGUUUGGUAACAACUGGUUUAUUGCCUCCCUGGAAGUCUAGAAAAAUUUCCAUUCAACAUAAAAAUAAUAAUAAUAAUAAUAAUAAUAAUAAAAAUUAUGAUAAAGUUGCAGCGUAG